CUCCGGGCCCCGCAGGGCACGCCUCGCCGAGAGGGUCUGGCCUUCACCGGCCCUGAGCGGCCUCGGCUGCUCGGGCGGCUGCUCCUCCCCCAGGUAGGACUGCUGGAGGGCUGGCCUGGCCUGGCCGCGCCGCCCCCCACCCCGGGCCUCAGGUGAUGUGGCCACGGUGGUUUAACUUUCGCACUUGAGGCUCUCCGUGGAGUCCUCGGGGCGCGACCGGAGGCGGGGUGGAAUUACACCAGGUCUGGAAACGUGAGCCAGGGCGAUGAAAAGAAAUGAAGAAUUGAUAACUAAAAAUCACAAUCAAGAAGACAUAAGUAUUCUUCGUUGUUGGAAAUGUAGAAAAUGUAUAGCAAGUUCUGGUUGUUUAAUGAGAUAUCUUGAGAAUCAAGUGAUUACGGAUAGACAUGAUUCAGCUGAUGAUCAAAAUAUUUGUCAUGUGUGGCACAUGGAUAUAGAAGCUCUUCCAGAAUGGAUAAACUGCCUAAUACAAAAAGCCCAGUGGACAGUUGGAAAACUGAAUUGCCCUUUCUGUGGGGCCCGUUUAGGGGGCUUUAAUUUUGUCAGCACUCCAAAAUGUUCCUGUGGCCAGCUUGCAGCUGUACAUCUCUCUAAGAGCCGGACUGAUUAUCAGCCAACACAGGCAGGCCGACUAAUGAGACCAUCGCUGAAAUACUUGUCACAUCCUAGAGUUCAGUCAGGUUGUGACAAGGAAACUCUGCUCACAGGUGGCACCUCCAAAAACAGAAAUCACAGGCUUUUAAAUAUGGCCCAAAAUAAUAAUGGCCCUGGAAGAUUAACAGAAGCACUCUGCCUGGAGGUACGGUCAACAUAUUUUCAGAUGAAGAAUGAAAAACUGCUCUUCAAAGCAUCAGAUCCAAAAUACCAGCUUUUUGUUCCUCAGCUUGUGACGGGCAGAUGCACUACAAGAGCUUUUCAUAGGAAAUCACAUAGUUUGGAUCUGAACAUCAGUGAGAAACUGACAUUAUUACCCACUUUAUAUAAAAUACAUAGUAAGACUGCUGCCUGUCCCAGGCUAAAUGAAACACAGCCUAUUCACCUUUCAGGCUUGCCUUUAGAAUCUAGUAAAAAUAACUGUUCCUUUCAGAUUUCAUCCAAUUUUGAUCCUAAUAUGCUGCUGCAAAGAUUUUCAGUGACUCCCCGUGAGACCCAGACACAAAGAGGAGGAGAAUUUCAGUGUGGUCUAGAAGCUUCAGCAGUGUACACUGACCAUGCUAGUUCUAACAACCUGACUUUCCUGAUGGACCUGCCCUCAGCUGGUCGGAACAUGAUAGAGGCCUCGGACCAGGAAGAACACCUCUCUCCACUGGACUUCCUGCGCUCGGGCACUUUCUCAUUGGGUGCCAUUAAUCAGAGGCUCAAUAAAAGAGAAAGGAGCAAGUUGAAAAAUCUGAGAAGGAAACAACGAAGGCAUGAAAGAUGGCUACAGAAGCAGACUUUGAAUAAUGAGAUGAGUACAGAUGAUGACAAUGAAUAUGCAGAAGAAAAGGAAAGUUACAUCUGUGCAGUAUGCCUGGAUGUUUAUUUCAACCCAUACAUGUGUUACCCUUGCCACCAUAUCUUCUGUGAGCCCUGCUUACGGACUCUUGCCAAAGACAAUCCUGCAAGCACUCCCUGCCCGUUGUGCCGGACAAUUAUUUCCAGAGUCUUUUUCCAGACAGAACUGAACAAUGCCACAAAAACAUUCUUUACUAAAGAGUAUUUGAAAAUAAAACAAAGCUUUCAGAAAUCCAGCUCUGCAAAAUGGCCUCUCCCAAGCUGCAGGAAAGCAUUCCACCUUUUUGGAGGUUUCCACAGACGUGCAGCCCCAGUUACAAGGAGGCAGUUCCCACAUGGUGCACAUAGAAUGGAUUAUCUGCACUUUGAGGAUGACAGCCGCGGAUGGUGGUUUGACAUGGAUAUGGUGAUCAUCUAUAUUUAUUCAGUGAACUGGGUCAUUGGAUUCAUUGUUUUUUGCUUUCUUUGCUAUUUUUUCUUUCCAUUUUAGGAAUUUUCAUACUUUACUACAGUUGAACAAUCACAAAUGAUGUAGAUAACAAUUAAACAUUUUUAAAAUGAGAUUUUAUAAUGUUGCAUUGUAUAAAUUGUUGGUGUUUAUAGAAAGUCUGAGAACAAUGGACUUAUUUAUUAAUGUUUUUCAUGUAACAAACUAAGGUUUAUUCAGGAACUAGUCUGUCUAGCACUUAGCAGUGAUGCACUGUUGAUUUCCUAGUUCCUCUUGGUUUAGGAUUUAUGGGCUCUAAUUUUACAAUACCAGUUUUAUGCUUAAUUGUAAAGACUGAGGUUUCCCCUCCUUGUAAAAAUACAAAACAAAAUUAUAAUCUGGGUAGAUAGUAUCUUUAUUGACAAAAUAUUUAGCCAAUCGCCACUUAUUCUUAGUCAAAUUAUGUGCAUUAAAGAUAAGUUAUAUUUCCUGGGAACUAAUCUAGCAGGGUAUACUCAGUUUUGGUUUCCAAUUAUCUCUGCUUAUUUCCCGUUCUGUUAUCAGGAAAGCUGGCUGUUUUUUUACAUAGACCUAAUAAUAGCUAGCAUUAGUACAACAUGUUUUAUUAUUAUAAGAACAGAAUAGUAAAUGCAAAAAAUCUGAGACUGAUCCCCACCAAUAGAAAGAGAAAUAUAUUAACUUUCCGAAUUGCAGGAUUACUCAUUUGAGGAUAUAAAAAAUUUACCAAUUUUCAGUAGUCUAAAAGAGCAGUGCAUGUCCAAAAUGUAUCUAAUUUAGUAAUUUAAUGCAGAGAUUGUCAAAUAUACUGUAAAUGUGCAAUAAAAAGUGGCUUUUAAAUUUUU